AGAGAGGAGGAAAACUCAGAGGGAAGUGGCCUCUUACCAAAGCCAUUUAACGUGUUCAACGCUGGCCAGAUUGAAACUGCCGCUCUGGGGAAGAGAUAUCCAGACGAGAACUCCCAUCUGUGUGAGGCUCUGAAGCCGCUCAUGAAUCCCAGAAAGAAAGUGGACUUGAAACUUAUCAUCGUUGGUGCACUUGGUGUGGGAAAGACCUCUCUCCUUCACCAAUAUGUACACAAAACCUUUUUUGAGGAAUAUCAGACUACACUGGGGGCCAGCAUCCUCUCCAAAAUCAUCAUCCUGGACGACACCACUUUGAAGCUCCAGAUCUGGGACACAGGUGGUCAAGAGCGCUUCCGCUCCAUGGUAUCAACAUUCUACAAAGGUUCCGAUGGCUGUGUCCUGGCAUUCGAUGUCACUGACCCAGAGUCCUUUGAAGCCCUGGGUAUCUGGAGGGAUGACGUCCUGGCCAAGAUCAACCCCAUGGAGCAAUCAUAUCCCAUGGUGGUGCUUGGGAACAAAAUCGAUCUGGAAGACAGAAAGGUGCCCCAGGAGGUGGCCCGCGGAUGGUGUAAAGCGAAGGACAUGCCUUACUUUGAAGUGAGCGCCAAGAACGACAUCAAUGUGGUCCAAGCCUUUGAGGUUCUGGCCAGCCAGGCUCUGCUGCGGUACCAAGGCACUGUAGAGAGUCACCUUGUGGACUCCAUUAAGCUCUCACCAGGCCAGCCAAAGAGCAGAUGCUGCUGACUUCUGGGCUCGUCCUUGGGCCCCACCUCACCCCCGCCAGCCCCCUGCAUGCCCCUAUGGAGGCCGGAGGCUGCAGCAAGAGAGAAUGCCGCAGGCCAGGACUCUCGACGGCUCAAGCUCUUCGUCCUCCUCUCCCCUGGCACAGUCUGCUCGCCUCUGCAGACAGGCUGCUCCCUUGAGCCCUCGGACCUGUAGCUUGGGGAUGGUGUUUCAGCCCUCUUCCCUCAGUGGCCAGGCUGAGGAGCCAGGACGCGAACCAAGCUUCUGCCCGCAGCUUCUUCCAGGGAGAACUGAGGACACAAGACAAAAACGAUUGUUCCUGAUUCCCAGGUGCUCAAACAACUCCCACAACUGACCAGGCCUCGGCGUGUCCACCUGCCGGAUGAACCAUCCCAAGGUCCCCGUAUCCCAGUGCGGUUUGAGGACCAGAAGAUCCAUUUAGGUGCUGUGGACCUUGCUGCUGCAGACAGACACAUUUACUCCUUCAGCAAGUAUUGUUAAUGCCUUUGAUGUACGUUGCACUGAGGAUUGGUAGCAAUACAACAGAUGGGAGUCCCGAUUUCCCAAAGAAAUCUGGAGAGAAAGGGAGUCGGCAGACACGGAGCAGGACAGACAGAGCAAUGAGGUGCUAUUUAGACACAGCGGUCCAUGAGGGCUUUCCUGUGGAGGGACAACUGGACUGACAGCUAUGGCAUGAGCUACAGGAAGAGCCUAUCGGGAGAGGCCUUGAGGUGAUGGACAGCUGUAUUCCAUAUGAAAGGAGGUGUCAAAGCUGCUGUCCAAGGAAAUUCAGCUCCCAAAGGGCGCCGUGAUGAUUUGGUGAUUGACCACCAGGGGGCAGAGGUGUCCUCUGCUUCCAGGCUGUGGCGUUUGUUCUGGGGACACUUGAAAAGCUGUUUUUUUGUCAAGUUAGGUGGUUGAAGCUGUUCCCAGGCUCUGGGAAUGUUGAACCUGGGUUUGUUGGGUAAGAAUUCAAAUGUCCUGAGUAAAAACUUCAGGAUUCUUGAUUCAGGCAACCAAUCAAAAUCAGAAACAAAUCCCAGAGCUAAGUAGCUGGAGAGCAUACAGAUUCUGUGCCUUGCACAUUUCAAGGUUAUAACCUGCUUUUUCUUCUGGCUUCACCCCACAGAUAGGGUGGCUCAGUCUGAAGGAGGCAGUCAGGAUGAACCUUUAGGGUCUUCCAAUGUCAGGUUCUUGUCUCAUGCCUACCACAGGCAUUUCCUGUCUCCACAAAAGUCUCCUUCCUGAGUCCCAGGGAGGACUAAUGUGUUAAUCUGAAACUAUAGGAAGAAGCACCUGACACAAAGAUUCACUGAGAGGAUCAGAGUACUAACCGGGGACUCAAGGGCCCCGUCCGCCCACACCUAGCUCUGGAGUAUAAAGCAAACCACCAUGUGCCACCGUCACAGUAACAGAAUGUGCCCGUAGCACAGCACCGUCUGUGUUCUUCAGAGAUGAACGCUAUACAUGCACACACACGUGCACGUACACACAUGCAUACACACGUACAUGCACACACAUGUACAUGCACACACAUGCAUGCAUAUGCACACAUACACACACACAUGCGGCUCUCCUUUGAGUCGGACUGGGAAGGGAUGCAUGGUGUGUGUGAGGGUGUGCGUCCGCACUAGCCUCACAGUGAACAUAUGGGCUGUAGCUAAAUGUACAUCUAGCAAGUGUGUCCUUUGGGAACAACAGUCCUUUCUGGUGGCAGUCUCAGUUACCCGUGGUCAUCUGGGGGCCAAAAAUAUUAAUAGCAAAUUUCAGAAAUAACUUACAACCUCCAAAUCACAUGUCCUUCCAUGAACGCCUGUGCCAUCCUACCCUGGCUAGCCGUCCCUCUAUUUAGUGUAUCUACAGUGUGUGUGCUAGCUACCCGCCAGUCACCUCGCCGCUGUCUCAGCGGCCACAGCAGCCUACAGCUGUGUCACAAUGCCUGCGCCACUCACCCCACUCACUCAGCUCAGCACACAGAUACGGUGCAUCCCAUGUGACCACAGAAGGAUAAGGUUGAGAACGGUACAGUAGUCUUCAAAUACACGUCUGCAUCGUUUUUAUUAUUGUACAGUCUCAUAGUCAUUUAUUUUCUUAUCAAUUAUUGCUCAUCUCUUGCCAUACCUAAUUUAAGCUUGGUCAUAGGCAUCUUGGUGGGUCCAGGAGUACUUCCUUGGAUAAGGAGAAACUAUGGCGUUCAUUUUUUAAUUAAAAAAAAAAAAGAGCUGAGUGUGGUGAUACAAGCCUUUAAUUCCAGCAUGUGGGAGGCAGAGUCAGGCUGAUCUCUGAGUUCAAGGCCCAGGGUGAGUCCCAAGACAGCUAGAGUUUCAGAGAAACAUUGUCUCAAAAAACAACAGACGCCAGGGUAAAUGCAGUCACCAAAAGCUGCACCAUUUCCUGGGCACGGAAAUGAAAUGAGCUUGUUCAAAAAAUAUAAUCUCAAGGCAGCAGCAACAGCACCAGACAUGAAAGGCAAGUCCUCCUGAAGACAGGCCACCCACCCGCGAAGUAAUCCUGAGACCGCAAUGAGCUCUCAGCCGGCGUGAAAGAGCGUUGACACCCUGAUGCUUACAGGGAGGGCUCCGCUACAGCCUCACAGAGCCCAGGGCACACAUUCAGUAUUCUCUUCAGAGUCAGAGCAUGGGCUAAACAUUCCAAAUGGGAGUGGGGACCUGUAGGCCUGGAGACUCGCAACUAUCCUGUCACAGCUAGAUGAUCACUGUGCGGACCAGUCCUUGGGGCAGAGUGACCUGAGCUCACAAACAGAGCCAAAACGAGAGUUCCUUGCGAGCUGCCACACCCUACCAUGACUCUACCAAGUUCGAGACCAGCCCUUAGUAUCCAUGCCAGCAAGCACAGGGACUUUGGCCCACCGCAGUGGCACCCACAGAAGGCCCAGGUAGUGGGCUGUGGCAGCACAUCCCAGGCCCUCUUUAUUACCGUCCCUUCAAGGAAAAGACCUGAGUCUUUUUCCUAUUGAUCCCAUUGACCCUGCUCACCACAGGUGGCUCAGAGGAGCACCCCAGGGCCAGGACUCCUGUGCCAUAUUCCCUGAAGGCUUAAGAAGAAACAAAGUCAAAAAAUCUUAUCAAACCAACGAGGAUUGGACGCUAGGCCCCAGACUGCCUGAGAGGACUUGGGAAAAUGCCGGUUUUCCCUGCCGUUUGCUUCCCUAUAACAAAACUCUUCUGCCUCUGCCUAGCUGGUGGCCUGUCUACCCCGCAGUCACAGGCAGCUUCUCAAGCUUGGCCGGCAGUCAGACACCUGGCCUGGCACCCACGGUGCAGCCGUGUUUAUAGACAAGUCUGGCAGAGGCCAUAACAGCCUCCCUGUUCUCUCACAGUGACCGACGUCAGCUACACCAGAGCCACAGGGAGGGACUUCCAUGGCUUUUAUUUACCCUCGUCUCCCCAGGUCCAGAGCAGUGCUGAGAGCCAUUGCGACUCCAUAAGUAGUUCUGGUAGGCACAGAACCUGCUAUUGUUUGUCAUUCUUCCUCUGCAGUCUCCUUGAAGGCGGGGCCCAUUUUUGUUUUUGUUUGGGAAGAAGGGGUACUUUUUGCUGUUUGAGUUGGGGGUUGUGGGUUUUGUCUUUUGUUGUUAUUAUUGAUACAUAGCCUUGAACUUGAUAUUUCUGCCUCUCAGGCUCCCAGUCCCUAGGGAAGGGCUGUUUCAAUUCUUCAUUUUAAACCCUCCCCUUAGCACUCAGCUUUACAGAGAGGUGGACAGGAGAGGAUAAAUAAAUAUUAGUCAGAGACAACAAACUGCUACAUAGCUAUUUUUAAUUAAAUAAAUUUGAUGAA